CGAUAAGAUUUUCAUCAGUGUUAUAUACACAGACAUAUUAUGUAUAUACAUAUAACAUGGACCAUAGUUCAAUUGAAAUGUCACUGUUAUCAUUUAGUAGGCCUCUGCUCCUCUUAAUGAGGAACCUUAGUUGUGAUAGAAACCACCAUGUGAGAGAGCUCUAAAACCUCUGAAGCUAUUCUUUUCAUCUUUAUCUCUGUCUGUCGUCUAAAUUCACCUUUUAACAUCAGAGCCCCAAGCUUUUCUCAUUCAGACACUCAUUACACCAAAAACCUUCCAAUUGCAAUUUUACAAGUGGAUUUCUUGCAAUUUUGCGACUUCUCUUUCUCUCGAACACUGUAGAGCCUUAAGUCCAUCACAUGAUAGAGACAAGCUCUUCUGUUUAAUUAUAGAGAGACACCAAAUCUUAAAUGCCAAUUUUAGCAGGUGGGUUUCCUUUGUCUUCUUGUUAAACCCCUUGAUAGAUUCUCGAUUUCAGGGAUAGAGUUGGGUAUCAUUUUGUGUUUUUCCCAUUGAGAGUUUUUUACUACUCUUUCCUCUUGUUCUCAAAUUCUCAAUCUCUCUGCUUUUGUCACAGCCAGAGAUAACAAAUGUAUAAGAAUCAGCUGCAAGAGCUUGCACAGAGAAGCUGUUUCAACCUCCCAUCAUAUACUUGCACAAGAGAAGGACCAGAUCACGCUCCAAGAUUCAAAGCUUCUGUGAACUUCAAUGGUGAAAUAUUUGAAAGCCCCACUUAUUGUUCCACUCUCAGACAAGCUGAGCAUUCAGCUGCUGAAGUUGCCCUAAAUGCUCUCUCUUCCAAGGGCCCUUCAAAGUCUCUAACAGCUAGAGUUCUUGAUGAGACUGGUGUCUACAAGAAUCUUCUUCAAGAGACAGCACAUAGAGCGGGUCUUGAUCUACCGGUUUACACAAGUGUGAGAUCAGGACCUGGUCACAUCCCAACAUUCUCUUGCACUGUGGAGCUUGCUGGAAUGAUUUUUCAUGGAGAAUCAGCAAAGACUAAGAAGCAAGCUGAGAAGAAUGCCGCCAUUGCAGCCUGGUUCUCCUUGAGAAAAAUGCCAAGCUUGGACUUCCUUGGAGAGAAAAGAGGUGAAGAGAAAGAACAAGAGAUAGUUGCAAGAGUCCUCUCAAGAUUUAGACCCAAAGAAAUGAGACGAAGAGAACCAAAUCAGUCAAGAAGAAGAACAAUUCGCCAAGACACAACAACCACAAGAGACUUGUUGUGUGAGAAACUCAGAUUGAUCAAUCUGUAUACCAAUGAAGCUUCAUCACCAUCAUCAUCAUUGAAACAUCACCAAACACUACCACCGAGAUUCUGGCCUUCAAGAACAAAUCUCCAACAACAACAAUCCAAAGUUAAAUCACUGCUAGAGAAGACUCAAGAAUAUGCAGGGAAGAAACAGAGCUCAGAUGUCAUUAAACCAGAGAUAAUGAUCAAAUCGUUUUCUUUGUCUACUAAUCCAUCAUCAUCAUCAUCAUCAUCAUCAUCAGUGGAAAGAAACUGUUACAGUAAGCUUUGGCCGAUUUCCGGAAUGUCUGCAGGAGGCUUAAACCAUCAGAAACUGGCUCCAGCUGUUCAUAUUAGAUCAGUGAUUCCAGUUUGUUCAGCUCCUCCACCAAAACCCAACCCUACCCGUGAAACUCCAUCGGCACCAUCACCGUUCAAUGAAUCCACCACAUCCCUUAAUCAUUGUUCUGCUUCAAGGUCACUGGGAAUUGGAGGGCAAGAGAAGAAACACUAAGAUGUGAGAUAAGCGAGUUGGGAUUAGAAUCAAAAUCUUGAUUAGACGGCGAAAUCAGAUCGAACCCAUGAUUAAAGGUUGUGUCUUUAGAUUAACCCAUGUUGAGGAUUUGACCAUAGAUUAGAGAAAUUGGUAAAUCGGUCAUGGGUUUCUGUAUGUUCGUCGUGUUCCUUGACUUUUUGAGAGUUUUUGAAAAUUUACGGCCUGACAAUGAAUUCAAUGCUCUGGAUUGCACGUAGAACAAAAAAAAGAGAAGAGAGGCAGAGAGAGGGAGAGAGAGAGAGAGAGCAAUAAAUGUAGGAGGAGAGGGAGAAGAAGGUGAAAGAAAAAAAAAUUAAUGGCAUUUGUUUUCGGCAUUAAUGCGCCGAUUGCUCUGCUUCUCCUUCCUCUCAGUCUCGUUCAUUAAUGGUUCUGUAACCUCUGUUUUCCUUUGUUAAA